AUGAAAUAGAAUCUGAAUAUUUUCACAAAUUAUGUAAUAUUUAAGUUUAGGUCUCUUUUAGAGAAAAAUAUAUCGGAAAAUGUAAUUAUUUUGAAUGUCCCGCCAACCAAAGUUCUGACGUCACGGUUUUCAAGAUGGAGGGCGAACGGAGAGGUAACCUGGAGCUGGAAGGAGAGUUAGUGGAGAGGGGAGGACACGGGGAUGGAGUCAGGAGAGCCAUCCCUCUGAAGCUCAGCAGUCAUCACAGCAAGAGGACUGCCAGUAUCAGAGAUGACAGAGGAUCCUCCUCAGAGAAGCAUCACGGACCCAUGAAAUGGGAUGUCAAGUUGAACCUGAUUGGAAAGAAGAUUAACGACACCAUGCUGCACCUGUGUGAGAAAUGUGUCUGUCCAGUCAACCUCUAUGGCAGGAUGAUACCUUGCAAGCAUGUCUUUUGUUUUGAUUGCUCCAAGAGGACAGACAAAAACUGCUUAAGAUGCGGGGACCCUGUCCAGCGCAUAGAGCAGUGUCCCCGAGGUGCAGUGUUCAUGUGUACGUUUGGUGAUGGCAAGCAUGGCAACAAGGGGUGCAGGAGGACCUACCUGUCCCAACGGGACCUUCAGGCUCACAUCAACCAUCGCCACAAGCGGCCUGCGGUGGCAGCCGAGCCAACCCCACACCAGACGUACCCCACGACAUACCAGCCAUAUCCCACCUCCCAGGACCAGAGCGCCGCCGUGUACAGACCCGUCCCAGGGGACCAGUACGCGCCGCCACCACCACCCCCACCUCCCCAGCCGGUACCCCAGGGGAUGCCCAUGACGCACGGUGCUCCACUACAGCCUCCACCAGAACACAGGGACUACAGUAGGAUGCCUCCACACCACAGCAUCCCCCCUCCCGGACACCCACACGAUGACAGGAUGCACGAGCCCCCUCCUCACCCCAUCCCCCCUCCGCAACACUAUCAGGACCCACUGACGGGGCAUGCCACGACUGGCCCGCCCCACCCGGACCACCUGCCGCCUCCACCCCCGCCCCCUCCUCCAGAACACCACCGUUACCCCCCAUCGUCAGACUCCCUCCCCAACCCCGUGUCCCAGUCCUACAUGCCUGUGACCAGCAGCCGCAGUAGCAACCUCAUCACAGUCCCUAUCAAAGACGACAGCGAAGAUCUUGCUAAGCAGGCCCCGUCUUCGACCCAGACUCCUCACAACCAGGGGACCAUGUACAGGCCCAUCCACCAGGGGGCCGCCCCGGCUGUACCCCACUCUGGGGCCGUGCCGAUACCGUACUCCGCACCCCCACCCCACGGACAUGUCGGGCAACCUGUUCACUCAGGACCUCCUGUUGUCCGUGGUCCCGGUUAUGACUCACACGGGAGGCCGUACGAUGAGUCAGCGAUAAGUCCUCCCUUCGCCCAACCAGGCGGACACAGUCCUAGGGCAGCGUGGCCCCUCGCCGGCCCGCCCCCUCGAGGACCCGCCCCGGUCCCUCAGGGCCCUGUCCCCGGCGGAAUGCCAUCCGUUAGUAGUGCGCCGUCCUCUAGCAUGCCACCACAGGCAGCCCACGGGCAUCCCCCAAGAACAUCGUAUUAUAACUGAGCUGGCAUGGGCUGCCUGAUGUACAUAAAACACUUGUUUAACAGGCAUCAUCAAAUGCUGGAAGUUAUACCAAUACCUGACUUCUUUAUGGUUAAUACGAUGAUGAAUUUCUCGUCAUGACAUUAUUUGAUUAUCUUACUUGAUCCCUGUUAUCUGUAUGCUUUUGAAAACAUCAACAUCGUUCGUUGUUAUUGAUGUAAAAAGAAAAGUAGACAUCGUUAUCGUGUGCCCAACAGUAAAAUCAUCUUACAUGUACACAAACUAGUUCAUCAAUUCCUGAUUGUGAAUGUCUAUACACUUCAGGUUUUCUGGAAUUGAUGUAUGGAAACUAAAGGAAGUUUAUGUCAAAGGGUAAGGGAAUUUCGUCUCAAUGAUGGUACGCAAGCGGUAAAUAAAUGUAAAAUGCUCCAACA